AUGAAGUCCGCUUGGUUCUCAAUCGCAACAUUCCUUUUGGGUGUCAGUAUCAUCGAUGCUUAUGGAAAGAAUGGUGAAAGAAAAUUAGGUAGUGGGAAGUAUGACGUUGAGAAUGAAAGACCUCCAAAGUCACAGUACAAGAAAGACCACUCUAACUGUCAUCCUUUGAAAAUCAGUGCUGAGUUGAAAUUAAAAUUAUCAAAAGGUUUGAAUUUCUGUGGGUACAAGGAAGGAAACAAGCGAGUUUUACCAAAUCCAAAUCAACAUCGUCUGUUGACCAAGGCAGCCAAAGGAAAUUUCAACUAUAAUGACCUUAUGUUCAACAGUCCUGUAGGACGGAAAAGGUCCGCCUCAGAGUUGACAGGAAUACGAAGGAAGCGCCACAGCAUAAAGAGUUCGGAUGAUCCGGAAUACGAAUGUGAGUUCUUGGAUACAAUCGAAUGCAAUGCGACUUCUAAAUUUAGAACUAUUGAUGGAAGCUGCAAUAAUCUUGAAAAUCCAAUAUGGGGAAAGGCUGAAACUCCUUUAAUUCGAUUUCUGCCAUCUGCAUAUGAAGACGGUAAAGGAGCACCUCGAAGUAGAGGUAUAUCUGGGAAACUAUUGCCGAAACCAAGGGAAAUCAGACUGAAGAUCCAUGAGAAAAGUCUCCCGAAGCAUCGACUGGAAAAUAUUAAUCAUUUUGGGAUGGCCUUUGGACAGUUCCUCAGUCAUGAUAUGUUAGAAAACAUAAAAGCGGAAGGCAAGAAUAUUAUUUCUGCUCUACUGUUUGCAAUAAUUUGA